AUGAAGAAACAACCCAAACUGGUGAUUCUACAUGUAGGGACUAAUGACAUUCAACGUAAAGAACUCAACGAGAUUGUAGCCGAAAUGAAAUCCUUAUGUCAAGGUAUCGUGACCCAAAGUUUUUCAAAAAUAGCUAUUUCCGAAAUAAUUAAGAGACAGGACCCGGUUAUCAACAUUAAGAUAGAUAAAACUAAUUCGUUACUAGCUAAGCUCUGUGGUAAAUUCAAGUGGCAGUUUAUUUGGCAUACUAACAUAGAUGCUUCUAAAUUAAAUGCAUCUGGAUUACAUUUGAAUAGCCAAGGAACGGCAAUGUUAGCAAAGAACUUGAUCGAAUCCCUCAAGAAUUGA